AUGGAAGCACUGGACGACUUGUUGGCAAAAACUAAGAAACAACUGAUUACGUCAACUCUUCCGAAACCACCAAACCAUGGGAAUCGUGUCGGUUCCAAGUUUGGUGGAGGUGUCGCUAGGGCUUCGGAGACCAACGUGCACAGGCGUGAACGUUUGCUCAAAUUUGCGCUUCAGGCAAUUGAUCUCGUUAAAGAUCCAUAUACUACUCCCAAGGAAUCAUUUGUGCUCCCUCCAAUCUCACUCAGGGAAACAAGCAUCAUACCAAUUUCGCUCGCCACGCAGCUCACGAUGCCAAGGACACGCAUGUUCCUCGAAACAGGACGCCCAAGCUACCGAGUGACAAAAGUGCGGGACAAAUAUGCUAGCAAAGAAGGUAUCAUGGUCCAGGCCCACCUUCCUCGGAUCACAGCGGACGUUGUCCCUCGCCGACGAUUUAUGAGCAGUUGGGAGCAAAAGAGGGAGCCUCCGAACAAGGCAUACUACCGGCGUCCAAUCGUAGACAGUUGCCCUGCGCAUGAGAUAGAAGACGAAGCUGACGAUGCCGGAUAUUGGAGCUGGUCACAUUAG